AUGUCUCCCGUCCUGCUCUCACCGCGGGCAUUAUCGCGCAAUGUGGCCCGUCGCAGCCUCCAAUACCCUGUGCUCGACUUUCUUGCCCCCAGUACCACAUGCCCACCACGCCAAACGUCACGCCUGGCCAGCACCGCCUCCGCACCCCAACCCCCGCCUUCACAGCCCGACUCCGCGCAAUCACCGCCCUCACUGCAGGCCCAGAAAGAUGGCAAACCAAUACGGCCGCUUUCGCAGCAGCAGCAGGAGUUCCUCUCUUCCGCGCUGCGGGUGAACCAGACGGGUGAACUCGCCGCUAUCCUCAUCUACGCCGCCCAAUCGCCCGUCCUCACACGGUCACACCCGCACUUGCGACCGCUGAUGAAACACAUGUACGACCAAGAAGCCGGCCACUACAAGUUCUUCAACGACGUCAUUUCCAAGCACCGCAUACGACCCACCGCAAUGACGCCCAUAUGGACCGCCGCCGCCAGCAUGCUCGGGUGGUCGACCGCUGUCAUGGGCCGCGAGGCCGCCAUGGCAUGCACAGAGGCUGUCGAGACGGAGAUUGGUAACCACUACAAUGAGCAGGUGCGCGUGCUGCUAGACUGGGCGAACAAGUGCGAGCAGCGGGGUGAGAGCCUGGGACCCGAGCUGGACAAGUUGGUGGUUGAGUUGCGGCGGAUUAGAGAUGAAGAGCUAGAGCACCUGGACCAUGCGGUGGAGAAUGAUGCCAAGAGCGCGAAGCCAUAUGAUCUGCUGAAUGAAGUCAUAAGAGGAGGAUGUAGAGGCGCCAUCUGGGUGAGUGAACGUGUAUAG